ACCAUCGCUGACACGUGUCCUAGCUCUGAAAACCUCAUGAUUUGAAAUCGGGUCGGGUGUUCCGACAACACUGCACGUGUCAGUACCCAAUUGGUCAUAAUUGAAUUCCGGCGUGGCGUGGCUGCCCACGAACGACCCACCAAGAGGGAUUUUAAAGGGGGAGAAAGAGUAAGAACAUGAGGAGAUCUGCGACUGCGAGAAUAAAAUUCUUUGAUCUCCUCUCGUGGCGCAGAUAGGAGUUUGAUUUCGUUCUCUUUGCAAAUUAGGGUUUUUGUCUUCUGGUAUCAGGAUUUUGAGGAAAAAGGCGACGGAAUUGAGCUGUUUAUCAGGGGAAUUAUUGUGUUCUUUUUGAUCUGGAUUUUAUUUGAAUUCAAUAAUCAUUAUAUUAUUUUUCUUUUUUUAUUAUAUGGCGUGAAGCCUGAGGACUUUGGAAUGCUUAAUUAAGGUUUUUGGUUAUUGGGCUUAUUCAUUUUGGGAAAGAAUUCUGUAAUGGUGAAGAAACUUGUGAGAAUUCGAGCGGGAUUUGAGUGUUUUUGAAUGGCGUCAGCACAGGUUUUACCCAACCCAGCAGUUUCUUCGCGUAAAGGGCAUCUUGAAGCUGGAAAGCGCAAGCUUGAGGAGUUUCGAAAAAACAGAGCCAGAAAGGCUGCAUCAACUGGCCAAUUACAGUCUAACAAUAGUAGCAAAAAUGGGAAACAACCAAAAGAAAGAGGUGUUAUGCAACUUACUAAUUCAGAUGGAUCUAAUACAUCCAGAAGGGAGGUUAUUACUAACAUUGAGCCUUUUAGUCUGGUUACAAUCAGUGAAAGUAAAGCAAUCAAUUCUUUUGGCACUAGUGUUCCAGAUCAUGCUAAAUUUCCUAUUUCUGCCAAUAAUUAUGGUGCAGCUUUUGCUAAUCCAGUUCAGGAACCUGCAAAGGUUCGUGAGUUUGAAAAUAAUGAUGGUUCAGAUCAUCAUGGACCAUUUUGUUUCAAUUAUGAUCGCCUCAAAGACGAUAUGAGUGGUGACUUUGUUGCUUACACUGGAAGCCAAGGACUAACAUCUGGGGUAUAUGGAAUCCGAGAUAGUGGAAGCCAUGCUCACCAAUUUAAUUAUUAUUCUGUUGAUGAAGCUAAGUUGAAGGAAAAUGAGACCUCUUCAAAGGAAAAUACAAGCAGAGAUUCGGUUAUACCCUUGGUUGGCAUGUCAGUUAGUCUACCAGUAAAAAGUCAAAUGAGAUUUGGUAGCUCACCUUCCAGUGGCAAUAUGUCCACCUUAUAUGAAGACAAUGCACCUUGGCAGGAAGCAGAAUCUCUGUCUACAAAUCUUCGUUUAGAUCUCAAAAGUUCCUCUGAUUAUAUGCCUCUAUAUGCACAAACAUUUGGAACUGGAAGUGAACGAUCCCGUCCAUCUUUCCUUGAUUCUAUCAAUGUAGCUGGGGUCUCUUCAGUUUCUUACUUUCCGUUUACUGAAUCAGAAAAACACAAGCCAUUUAUGUCUAAAAGUUCAAAAAUCCAGAGUGUGGAUAUUCUAGCAUCAUCUUCUCAGCAGCAAUUUCCAGAGAGCGAAACUUUGAGACCUUUCUCCAACUUCAGAUUACCAAAUCGGCCCAGAAGAGAUGAACUUUCUAUGAAUUCAGUUUCUGUUGGUAAUGAACAGGAAGUUUUGAGACAGAAGUUGAAGGAAAAUAGCAUAGAAAGGAAGAAUGAGUUUUCUUCAUUGAAACAGGAUGAAGAAAUUGCUGCUUUAGAACAGGCACUCAGAUUAUGGUCAAGUGAGCUAAAGCUGGAAAGGCAAUUGGAGAAUUCAAAUGCUGAAAUCACCUCAUACAAAAAGAAAGUGUCUAGUCUUGACAAAGAGCGUGAGGAACUGCAGUCUACAAUUGAUGCCCUGGAAGAAGAGAAAAAGCUAUUGCAAUCUAAGCUACGUAAAGCAACUGGAAGUGGAAAAUUUAUUGAUGUCAGCAAGGUACCUUCUGUUAAGAAAGAUGUAUCAACCUCUACGGAGGAUUUAGGUGUUAAAUUUCUUAGUUCAUUUCUUGGGGAGAGUAGAAGUGCAGACAUGAUGCCAAGCACCUUCAAGAAUGAAUUAUUAGACACUGCAUCUUUUCCCUUAAGUAGAACCUCCACUAACCGAUUGCUUGUUGAGAAUAGGCAAUUUCUUCCUCCAGCUACUCUUGUUAGUAUGCCACCUGAUCAACUGGGAAUUAUUAACAACAUUAAUUCAUUGAUUUCUGAGUUAGCAUCAGAGAAAGAAGAGUUGAUUCAAGCUUUGGCAACAGAAUCAUCUAAUUCUUCCCAUCUCAAGGAUUUGAACAAGGAAUUGUCACGAAAAUUGGAGGCUCAGACUCAGAGAUUAGAGCUCUUGACAGCCCAAAGUAUGGCCUAUGGGAAUAUCUUAGCACGACAAACAGAGCCUCCUACCAAGCCUGAUAGCACAUUGCACACAGAUGAAGGGGAUGAGGUGGUGGAAAGAGUGUUGGGCUGGAUAAUGAAACUCUUUCCAGGAGGUCCAUCAAAGCGCCGAAUUAGCAAACUUAUUUGAUUUCCAAAGUUUAUACCUUAAAAAUUUUUUCCCCUUCUUUUGUUUCCUUGUUGGUGGUGCAAUGAGAUCACCAUUUGUAUAUUAUGAGCCUAUAAACUGCAUCCAUUCUUUGUAACAGUAGAAAAUGUUCUUUUAUUUCCUCAUUAGUUGAAAAGGUAAUCCACCCAUGAAGCAAGUUUUAGUUUUCAUUUAUGUCGAAUAUGAUUCACCCAUCUGAGGAAUGUAGUGAUUCUUUACUUGUCA